CAACAUUUCUAACAUUAAUGACAUAAUUAAUUGACUGUUUGGGGGAACGAUCCCGUGUUUCUAAACCGCGUCUUAAAGCUCGUUAAAGGGCUCUUUCACUUCACGCUAAACCCUAAUGUUAGCUAGUAGCUAGCGGUGUGUGAGCGCGAGCAUCUAACGACUCUUUCCCCGGUACCGUCGCAUUACUCCGGUUAACAACGGUGUUAGCUCCGUCUGAUUAAAAACCAGCUGACGUGUCGCGGUGACGCGGUGAGCUGAAGCUAACCAGCGGCGGUGAGGCUCCGUUAGCUGGACGCUAAUAUGUCAGACGCCGGCAGAUCCGUUCACUGCCCGGCCGAGGACGCGUCUGUCCGGCCGAGGACGUCUGCUGCUACCGCUAACGUUAGCGGCCAGAGGCGGGAAGGAGGCCGGCGGCGGCGUGUGUGUGUGUGUGUGUGUGUAUGUGUGCGCGCGCGUGCAUGUGUGUGUGUGUGUGUAUGUGUAUGAGUGCGUGCGUAAGUUUGUGCGUGUAUAAGUGAGUUUGUGAGUGUGUGUGAGUUUGUGAGUGUGUGUGUGUGAGAGUUUGUGUGUGUAUAAGUGAGUUUGUGAGUGUGUGUGAGUUUGUGAGUGUGCGUGUGAGAGUUUGUGAGUGUGCGUGUGAGUGUGUGUGUGUGAGAAUUUGUGAGUGUGUGUGUCUCCAAACAUUCUCAGGUGUAAAACGUCAACAAAAAAGAUAAUGUUGAAAUUUGAAAAAUGUCAAUAUUUCAUGUUGGUGAAUCAUCUACAGUCCUAGUGAUUUAUGUUAAAGUACCACAAGAGGGAGCUGCACCUUCAAGUCAUAUUUAAAACAUGUUUUCUGUUAUAAACAAAAUAUUUCUUUAACAUUGUUUCUCCUAAUCUCAUUAAGUUUUUAAUACAUUAGCAGCGUUUUUAUGACUGUUUCAACAAAUCAAUGAUGGUAGAUUGUGGACAAUAGGCUCUGCCCAUUAGAGUUCCAAGAUUUAAACCUGUUUAAUUGUCACAAUAAUAUUGUGAGUCAUGAUUCUGUCUUUUUCCACGAUAAUCAUGGGUCUGUGUUUGUCUGACGUGCCUCAGAUCAUGCAUCUCAGCGCCGGUUAGUCGCUUCAGAUGUCGGAGGAGCAGAGCCAACAGCAGCGGGGGGAGGGUGGUGUGGAGGCGGGGGAGGGAGACAGUGAGCCCAGCAUGCUGCUGCAGAAACUGAAAAACGACAUCUCGAAGAGCGUUCAGACCAAAGUGGAUCAGAUCCUGCAGGACGUACAGCGUUUCUCUGACAACGAUAAGCUCUACCUGUACCUCCAGCUACCUUCAGGACCCAGCUGUGGAGACAAGAGCGUGGGUGACUCUGGCUCGUUCAACACCACUGACCAGCUUCACACCUGUACCUGGAUCCGCUCUCACCUGGAGGAGCAUUCAGACACGUGUCUGCCCAAACAGGAUGUCUACGAGACGUACAAGAGAUACUGUGAGAACCUGCAGCAUCGGCCUCUGAGCGCCGCCAACUUCGGGAAGAUCAUCAGAGACAUUUUCCCCAACAUCAAGGCACGGCGGCUCGGAGGCAGAGGACAGUCCAAGUACUGUUACAGCGGCAUCAGGAGGAAGACGGUGCUCAACAUGCCUCUGCUGCCCAACCUGGACCUGAAGAACGAUCCGGCUGAGCUGACUGAGCUGGUCCAGACGUACAAACAGGAAGUGACGGAGGCGGCGUGUGAGCUGAUCUGUGAUUGGGCGCAGAAGAUCCUGAAGCGCUCGUUUGACACAGUGGUGGAGAUCGCUCGUUACCUGAUCCAGGAGCACAUCGUCAACCCUCGGUGCAGCCAGGCCGAGCUGGUGACGUCAGCCACGCUGGCAGGAGGUCCAGCCAAACCUCACAAGGUCAUCAAGAAAACUCCGGUAGCCUCCAAAGAGUCGGACGCAGCGUCGGAUCACAAGAAGGACAUCAGAGACGCCUUGUCCUCCUCGUCUUCACUGAAGACGCUGCUGCCCGGAGACAAAUCAGGAUUGGCUACCAGCACCAAGCCGUCCUCCCUCGAAACUCCGCCUCCUCCUUCCUCUUCCUCCUCUUCCUCUCUGCGCCCUGCGGUGGAGGCCUUCAUCAAGCAGUUACCCAGAAUUCUCCCUCGCAGCUCCAUUCCUGAUAAGACGCAGCUCUCUGUCCGCUCCUCGCCACCGUCGCUUGCGCCCAAAGACGCCUCUGGUGUCGGGGGGGCGUCUGGACCUGGAGGUCCGGCCCCUGCUGCUGCCGCCAGUGGGGGAGGAGUCAAGGUCAUUGCUAUGGCGACGCUGCCACAGCAGCAGGGUGGGCCAAUGCCCUUGAUGAUCCUGCCUCAGAGCUGCUUGUCCUAUGACAGGGAGAAGGUGGCGCCGCCUCCACAGCAGCAACACGCCACCGUUGCGCCAACCUCCGUGGUUCAAAGGGCCAGAGGAAACAUCAGCAAGCGGCCCCUGGAGGCCGUGGCAUCAGGGAGUUCAGCAGGCGUGUCCUCUGUGUCUGCUGCCAACGCUCCUCCCGUCAAACGGAAACGUGGUCGACCAAGAAAACCUCGGCCGGAGGACGUGCUGCCACCUCCGCCCCCACCUCCUCCUCCUCCUGCUGCUCUUCCUCCUCAGGCCCCGCCUCCUGCUCCUACCACCCAUUAUCCCAUCAUCACGCCCGUGGGCGGCGGUGUCAUCCAAAAGGCGUCAUCUUCCUCUUCCUCGCAGCCCGUGCUGGAGCUGGUUCUGAGUCAGCUGCCUGCGACGGCGGCGGAGCACCGCAGUGUGGUGGUGCAGUGUCAGCCAGGCGCCGCCGAGUCGGACCGCCACACUCGGCCGUUGCUGCUCCUGCAGACUUCAGCCAAUCCCAGCUGGGAGCUGGCGGCGGGGCGGACGCCGAUGGUUGAGGUGAUCCAGAAGGCUCCGCGACCAGGCAACAACACCGCCACCGUAGCCCCGCCUACAGCCCACCUGCCCCCUCCCCUCCUUCUACACUUACCCAAGCUUCAUGAGGAGCAGGGGGAGGUGGAGAUCACGCCGACGCCCAGCUCCACCCCCUCCACCACCGUGCCCAGGAGUGAGGGGGAGCAGGAGGGUGGGCGAGAGAGAGACACACAGUAGCUCCCAUCAACACUGCCCCGCCCCCUCAACACUCCUCUGACUCACUGCUGGAUGUGUUGUUUGUGUGUGUGUGAGUGAGUGAAUGUGUCAGUGUGUGUGUGUGAGUGAGUGAGUGAAUGUGUCAGUGUUUGUGUAAGUGAGUGGUGAGUGAAUGUGUCAGUGUGAGUGAGUGAAUGUGUCAGUGUGUGAGUGAGUGAAUGUGUCAAUGUGUGAGUGAGUGAGUUAAUUUGUCAGUGUGUGAGUGAGUGAAUGAAUGUGUGAGUGAAUGUGUAAGUGUGUGAGUGAGUGAAUGUGUCAGUGUGUGAGUGAGUGAAUGUGUCAAUGUGUGAGUGAGUGAGUUAAUUUGUCAGUGUGUGAGUGAGUGAAUGAAUGUGUGAGUGAAUGUGUAAGUGUGUGAGUGAGUGAGUCAAUGUUUCAGUGUUUGUGUGAGUGAGUGAAUGUGUCAGUGUUUGUGUGAGUGAGUGAAUGUGUCAGUGUGUGUGAUUGAAUGUGUCAGUGUAAGUGAAUGUGUCAGUGUGAGUGAAUGUGUCAGUGUGAGUGAGGUAAUGUGUCAGUGUGAGUGAGUGAGUAAGUGAAUGUGUCAGUGUUUGAGUGAAUGAAUGUGUGAGUGUGAGUUAAUGUGUAAGUGUGUGAGUGAGUGAGUGAAUGUUUCAGUGUUUGUGUGAGUGAGUGAAUGUGUCAGUGUUUGUGUGAGUGAGUGAAUGUGUCAGUGUGUGUGAGUGAUUGAGUGAAUUUGUCAGUGUGUGUGUGAGUGAGUGAAUGUGUCAGUGUUUGUGUGAGUGAGUGAAUGUGUCAGUGUGUGAGUGAGUGAAUGUGUCAGUGUAGUGUGUGAGUGAGUGAAUGUGUCAGUGUAGUGUGUGAGUGAGUGAAUGUGUCAGUGUGUGUGUGUGUGAUUGAAUGUGUCGGUGUGAGUGAGUGAGUGAGUGAAUGUGUCAGUGUUUGUGUGAGUGAAUGUGUCAGUGUGUGAGUGAGUGAAUGUGUCAGUGUUUGUGUGAGUGAGUGAAUUUGUCUGUGUGUGUGAAUGAGUGAGUGAACGUGUCAGUGUGAGUGAGUGAGUGUAUGAAUUUAUGUGUGAGUAAGUGAGUGAAUAAAUGUAUGUGUGAGUGAGUGUGAGUGAAUUUAUUAUUCAAACUUUGACGUUGAGUCUGAAAAAACGGCAACAGUUUUCAUCAAGUCCUUUCAAAGUAAAAGUUCCAACAGUUUUUAGAUAUUACAUCAUCAUCUCAACUGAAGCUGAAGCUCCACCCACCAUCUGUUAGCUUAGCUUAGCAUAAAGAAUGGUUCAUAGUAUUGUCAGUGAACAACCACCUGCUAACUUGUAUAAAUAUGUGUGUCACUGUUGCACUUUACUAUGAACUAUGAGAAGGUCCUGGAGGAGGCGGAGUCUGGUGAUGUAACAUCAUUUGAGUGUGUGGUCUUCUUCAUUGGUGCUACAAACCACAGGACUGGGCAUCGCCGUCAGUCCUCAUUGUUUCUUCCUGUGGAAAAAAAAAGUUUUAACAUUUAUUGCAGUGAGUUCGCCGUACGUGUGUGUGGAAACUGAACUGUUGCAUGAUGGGAAAAUUUGUUUUAGCACUUUGCUAUGAACUGAGUGUAGCUUAGCUCACAUGCUAGCUGCUAUGAUUGAAGCUAAAACUCUGGAAAUGUUAAGCCCCGCCCCCUCAUCUGUUCCAAACAGAAAUGUCUGUUUUUUUAUGGUUUGUAUGUAACAAUGUAACACUUUAAACUGUUUGAAAGACAGAGGGCGCCGGUGAGCAGGUGCAGGUCGUUCAGUCGUUCACUGUGGAAACAAAACCAGAAACGGGUCAGAUAAUCAAAGAGUUAAGGAUCGGGAUUCGGGUAGAGUUGACCUUCAUGGAUCGUCCUCUGAUGUCACUUCCUGUUUGUUCAUUUAUAUAUAUUUUUUCUUUUUUAACAUGCGAUGAAACUUAAACGUAAAAACGUUUUCGGAUCAUUAUGUCGUCAGAAGUCACAUGACUACAAAGCUUCAGUCUUUGUAUAACACUUUAUUGUCAACAGUUGUGCUGUCAUGGUCAUCUUCACCUUUAUUAAUAUUAUGCUGUUGCUAUGACGAUGUCUGUUUCCUGCAUGUUUUUGCCUGCUGCUUUUGCUGUUUUCCUUUUUUCCUCUUUUGCACUUUGUUCUUGAAUUGUGUUGUCAAAGGUCAGAGGUCGAUGUUGGUUCACGUAUGAAAGAUAAAACAAACCUUUGUCCUUUCUUUUUGAAAUGCACCUUUACUGUAUGUGUGUUUUCCUCUGACUGAUGAAUAAAGGAAGUGACAUCACUGACUCAAAACUUUAAA